AUGGUAGUCGUUCCCGCCUCGGGUUCCCAACAAUUAUCCUAUCAGCUUCCGCCCUAUGUAAUCGCGCAACCAGCACUCUCGAAUACGUCAACAACCGUGGUCAACUCAUAUUCACCUCUUGUCCCACCACCGCCAAGACUCUUCUUCGAGGAAAUGCCGGAGAAAGGAGUUCCUGGAGUGGAUCCACGCAGUCCAAAGUGGUGGCUCUUGCUAACAAUUCAUGGCAUUCUCGAGAUUUAA